AUGUCUUCAAGUGUUGGUGCUCAUUGCACAGAACUCAAGCAAAAAUAUGACACCUGCUUCAACAAGUGGUACUCUGAAAAGUUCUUAAAGGGAGACACGACACCAGAAUGUGAAGAUUUGUUCAAAGAUUACCGCGCUUGUGUCAUGAUUACUCUAAAAGAAAAGGGAAUUGACAAGCUACUCGCAGAAUCUCGCAAGGAGACACAGUUUCCUUCUGCCUCUUCGGGUGACGAAGAAGCCGGGCCCAAUUCAGCAUGAUAAAUUACAAAUCUUUCUUUUUCCCUCUGUUUCAUUUUAUGUGUCCAAUCCAAGCAAAGCAAAACAAAACAAAAAACGUCUACUUUAUAGAAUAAAUUAUGAAAAUUAUCAUAAUAAAUGCAUGCGAAUAAAUAUAAUGUUUUGCUAUUAUAUCUAAUGU